AUGCCUGACGAAGAUUUAAAUAAGGACAAUACAUCACCUCUACUUCCAGCAGGAGGCGGAAUAGUUCAUGCAGUGUCUAUCAAACUGCCAGAUUUUUGGACGAAAAUGCCAGCCAUUUGGUUCAUUCAAGUAGAAUCACAAUUUUCCACUCGAAGUAUUGUUUCAGAAGAGACAAAAUUUCAUUACGUCGUUCAAUCCCUUCCUCAGGACGUGGCCGCAAGCGUCUAUGACAUUUUAAUUCAGAAAACCCAAACACCCUACACGAACAUCAAAAAGGCGCUUAUAGAACGACAUUCGAUGAGCGAAAGCAAGCGAAUAGAGGCUUUGCUUUCAGGGGAGGAGAUGGGGGACAAAAAGCCUUCAGAGUUCUACAGAAGAUUGCAAACACUGGCCGGGCAAUUAAUGAUUGUAACGGAGAGUCUCAUACUAAAACUCUGGAAACAGCGUCUUCCCACUCUUGUCCAAGUCUCAAUCAAAUCGAGCUCCAAAACAAAAACGGACGAACUCCUUGAAAUAGCAGACGACAUUUUUGAAGUCUACCAAAAACAAAACUCCUGUUUCUCAAUGUCUUCACAUUCUGAACGAUCAAUCAAUGAACUUAUGAGCAUCAACCAAAACCUACAAGCCGAGAUAAGCGAAAUAAAAACUAUGCUCUCAAAUCUUAAUUUCAAUAAACGUUCUUCACGAACUCAAAAUAGAACCCCAUUCAGUCGAUACUCAGACAAACAUAGUAGGAAUAGAUCGAAUUCUAAGAGAAAUUCACAAACUUGUUGGUUCCAUCAGAGAUAUGGAAAUCGUGCCAUAAAGUGCUCACAGCCUUGCAAUUUUAAAAAUAUGAACCCAAACUAG